UUUGGCAGUACCGUUAAUGGCUUAUCCAAGUUUUCAACCAUAUGCUCAAUUUCAUUUUUUUGGUAUAUUUAAGCCGUCGAAGUGCGGUCACACUACAGAACUUUUCUCAAAAAGCGCCAAAAUUUUACGUUUAUUAGGAUUAAGACUUAUUUUAAUUAAACAAAACCGAAAUUUAUUAAGAAGGCCUUUAGGGAAGGCAACCCAAAUUCACCGGCAACGAAUCAUCCUUGAGAAUCAUCCGCACCAUGUCCUUUUUCGGAGCCAACACGUCGCUGGGAGCAACAAGCACGCCGACCAAAACAACUGGCGGCCUGUUCGGAACACCGUUUGGAGAAGCAGCAGCAACCAGUCAGCCGGCACCCGCAUUCGGAGCCCAGGCCGCUCCGACAACGGCCUUUGGCUCCCAGCCGGCUACCUCUGCCUUUGGUGGCGGUUCCGGCUUUGGAGCAUCCGCUGCUGCUCCUGCCUUUGGUGCCCAGGCUGCCGCUCCGGCCUUUGGCGCCCAGACAGCUGCCCCGGCUUUCGGAACCGCCACCUCAACACCCGGCUUUGGUGGCUCAGCCUUUGGCAGCGCCCCGGCCUUUGGAGCGGCCACGACUACGGCGGCGGGCACGGGUCUUGGCGGAGGCGGUUUCGCCGGAUUUGGAGCAGCUCCGGCAACGAGUCAGGCCAGUUUGUUUGGUGCUCCAGCCACUAGUGCAGCGCCACCGGCUUUCAGUGGAUUCGGUCAGCCGGCGGCGGUAAGUACCGCGCCCGCAAGUGGAUUUGCAGGCUUUGGGACAACGACAACUUCAGCACCUGCUUUCGGCGGCUUCGGAACCAGCCAGUCCACUGGCUUUGGAGGCGGAGCCUUUGGAUCCAGCUUUGCCAAGCCUGCAAAUUCAACAGUCACGCCGGGAUUCGGUGGCUUCGGUGGCACUAACUUCAUGCUUGGUCAGCCGCAACAGCAACCGGCGCCCAUCUCGGCCGACGAGGCCUUUGCCCAGUCCAUUCUCAAUGUGUCCAUUUUUGGCGACGACCGGGAUAAGAUAGUGGCGAAAUGGAACUACUUGCAGGCCACGUGGGGCACGGGCAAGAUGUUUUACUCCCAGAGUGCGGCGCCGGUGGACAUCACGCCGGAGAACGUAAUGUGCCGCUUCAAGGCCAUCGGCUACAGUCGCAUGCCGGGCAAGGACAACAAACUGGGGUUGGUGGCCCUUAACUUCUGCCGAGAACUCUCUGCCGUUAAGCCACACCAGCAGCAAGUGGUGCAAACACUACAUAGCCUUUUCGGCAGCAAACCCAACAUGCUGGUUCACAUUGACUCCAUCAAGGAGCUGGAGAACAAGAAGUGCCAGAUGGUUAUCUACGUGGAGGAGAAGCUGCAGCAUGCGCCCAACGAAAGCAAGCGGAUAUUGGCCACCGAACUGUCAAACUACCUGAAUCAGGCAUCGUUGAAGCCGCAACUGAACAAUCUUGGCAUUGUGGAGGCCUUGGCUCAUGUGCUGCCCGACGAGGAUCAGUUGAAGGAGUACCUCGAGAAUCCACCCAGGGGCGUGGAUCCGCGCAUGUGGCGCCAGGCCAAUUCGGACAAUCCGGAUGCCAGCAAAUUGAUUCCAGUGCCCAUGGUCGGCUUCAGCGACCUGAAGUGGCGCGUCAAGUGCCAGGAACAGGAAACGGACACGCAUGCGCUUUACAUGAAGAAAGUGGAGGGUGAACUGACGGAACUAAGACAGCGACAUGCCACGGCCACAGCCAAGAUUAUAGAACAUAAAAGAAAAUUAGCCGAGUUGGGACACCGCAUACUCAGGAUUAUCGUGAAGCAAGAGUGCACCCGCAAGGUGGGAACCUCAUUGACGCCCGAGGAGGAGGCCAUGCGCACCAAGUUGCAGAACAUGCAGGCCGUCGUCUCCGCCCCCACCCAAUUCAAGGGCCGGCUCAGCGAGCUGCUCUCUCAGAUGCGCAUGCAACGCAAUCAGUUCGCCGCCAACGGAGGAGCCGAGUACGCCAUCGACAAGGAGGCCGAGGACGAGAUGAAGACCUUCCUGACCAUGCAGCAGCGCGCCAUGGAAGUGCUCAGCGAGACGGUCAACAAGGACAUGAAGGCACUGGACGUUAUCAUUAAGGGACUGCCCGAGCUGCGGCAGUCGUGAUUGAGGGAGGAUGGAUGGAUGGCUGAUAUGUUGAAUAAAUCCCGCACAUGUUGAAUACA